AUGUCUGAACAUGGUGAGUGGCCGUCAAGCCCGGAAAAGAUUGCUCUGGAGGCGUGGUCGCAGGGUUGUAUGAUUGGGGCCUUGAUUAUCAUGAUUGGCAUCACCGUUGUUAAUAUGAGGCGUGGCGUUGUUCUCCACAAACUCAUUUUAAUUGAGUUGCUGCUGGCCAUGCCAAAUGGCUUCUUCAUGUUCUUCAAGCCCCCAGUCUGGGGAUGGUACCUUUCAUCGACAGUCAUCCUUCUCAUCAUCUCGUGGAAUCUACAUAAUGUCAUCUCAUGGCUCAAGAACAAGCCCUUUCUAUCGAAACGAUACAACGCCAUCUAUAUCGGUACCAUCGUACUCGUCCAGCCAUAUUGGGUCCUCGAGAUUUACGCCAAUUUUACCUACUUCAAUCCACCUUAUACCCGUUUCUUCUCUUCAUCAAGACCUCUCGAGGCUCUCUGCCGUGAUCCGUGGUGGAUAUUUACAGCGCUGAAUCUAUUCUGGAACAUCAAAUACCGCUACGAGUUUAAAUACCUGGAACUCAUUCGCAUAUCACCCCGAUUCGCCGUCCUGUUAUUGAGCAUGACUCUCAGCAUCAUUUUCAUCAUCAUCGAUCUCUUUGCCGUCACGUCUGUACUCCACAUUGGAUACAUUAACCCGUUCUGGAAAUUCGCCUUUAUCUUUAAAUGUUUCACCGAUACUAUUGUACUCGACGACUUCAAGACAGCAUUAGAUAAGCUCAGCCGGUACAAAAUGGAGCAGAACUAUCCGCUGCCUUUUAGCAGACCUGGAAGUCAAACGAAUAUUGAACCGCAGAGAUCGAGUAUUGCCGAUUUUGCUGUUAUCUGUCCGGUGGAGAGCUCAGCUUUGGUGACGGUGGAACAUUUGGAGAGGGCGCAUACCGAUUCAAUAUCUAGUCCACCUCGGGCUCCAUUUCUCAUACUAUGA